GCUCAAGAGCUGCUGUAUGUGAUUUUAGUCAAAACAUUUAAAAAGAAAAGUGCUGCAGACUUUUAAAAUAAACUUAUUUAUUUUUGUUAACUUUUAGGAAAUGAUAAAUUCCACUGAAUAUUUACUUCAAAAUUUAUCAAAUAAUGAAUCGACAGAAACAGAAAAUAAAAUAGCUGAACUAAUACCAAUCACUUUGUUGUUUCAACAAAACUCAAAAAAAUCAUCUUGGUCGACACUGCGAAACAUUUUGAAAGAAAGAGUAUUUAUGAAAAAAAACUCACAAAAUUUUGUUACAUGCAGUGCCAAAGAUUAUAUUUCUGAAGCGUCUUUUGUUACCCAACCAUCUAUACCAAGGUCUGUAUCCAAAACACCUAAUUUAUCCCGAAGAUAUACAGCUGAAAGCUUUGAAGAUGCUAUUUUUCUUCCGAUACUUCAAAAUGAUUAUAACGCAUUAGUAAAAAAUUUAAAAACAUAUAGUUCUAAUAUUAACUACAUGAGAGCUCCAGGGUUGACACCAUUGCAUCAAGCAUGUGCUGUUGGAAAUUUAAAAAUGGUUAAAACUUUAAUUGUUCAUGGUGCGGACACAACUUUACGUACGUGGUCCAACCUUACACCAUUAUUAAUUGCAAAUUUGUUCGGACAUUUUGACGUUGCUUUAUUUCUAAUAAAUCAAGGAGCUAAUACCCGAGACAUUCAAGAUGGAGUUACAUUUGAUUCAAAAUUAGCUUCAACUGUUACUUAUAAGUUUGAAAAAAAAACUCGCAGAGGAUCCUUUAGCUCAGGUAGUAAUCUAUAAAAUGGUUUUAUGAAAGGUUUUUCGUUGAAGGGUUCUUGGUUGAAAAGGUUCUUCGUUUCAGCGUAUACAAAUAGUUUUUUGCAAAGUUCCAAAAAUUAUUAAAAACUGUAUUUUUGCAUCAAUGUUUUUUUGAUAAUUGCUAAAAC